CUAUUCCCUAUGUAAUGUAUAACAUAGGGCUCUGGUCAAAAGUAGUGCACUACAUGGGGAAUAGGGUGCCAUUUGAGAUGCACUCUUUGUCUGGAGCUCUGAUUUCUCAGAGAAACGUAUUAUUUCUUUAUGCUCAACGUAGAUUAAUUACAAUCAGUCAUCACCCUGAAUGAAGCCUUUCAUCUCUGCCUUAUGGUUUAGCUUGGUAGCGUCUCUCUCUGAUCUCUGCUGGGGAUCUUGAACAUGUCUGUGCUUUAUAGUUCACACAUCCAUGUAAACGCUACAACUGAGAGAGAGCACUUGUAUCUAUUCUUACAACGCUAGAUAUCACACCUUCAAGGGUGCUGUGGUGUGUGUGAAAAGCUGCUUUUUCACUUCUAUAUCAACGGAUGAAUGCCCUCCAACGCACUCACACAUACAUGUUCACACCACACACACUAAACGACACCCUCAGCCUUUGAAGGCUUCCCGUGGGUGGUUCUGUGUGUCACCUCCUUCCUGUGAGAAGAGUUUCCAUUUGUAGGUUGUUGUUGUUUGGUUUUUUCCAUUAGUAGGUGAAGUUUUAUUUAAUUGCCAAAUAUCUCAUCAACAUUUUCAUAUUAUUAUUUUUUUUGUCUCUGGUUGAUUUUUUUGGUGUUGUUUUGUGUAAAUCCCUCCAUCUGGCUCCUCUCCAACACUACCCAUAAGCCCCUAGUACCCCCCCUGAUGGUGAGGGUGUUUUGCUUGUUUCAGACCAAGCUGAUGUGAUGGUGAGGGUGUUUUGCUUGUUUCAGGCUGAUGUGAUGGUGAGGGUGUUUUGCUUGUUUCAGGCUGAUGUGAUGGUGAGGGUGUUUUGCUUGUUUCAGACCAAGCUGAUAUGAUGGUGAGGGUAUUUUUCUUGUUUCAGACCAAGCUGAUGUGAUGGUGAGGGUGUUUUGCUUGUUUCAGACCAAGCUGAUGUGAUGGUGAGGGUGUUUUGCUUGUUUCAGGCUGAUGUGAUGGUGAGGGUGUUUUGCUUGUUUCAGGCUGAUGUGAUGGUGAGGGUGUUUUGCGUGUUUCAGGCUGAUGUGAUGGUGUGGGUGUUUUUCUUGUUUCAGACCAAGCUGAUGUGAUGGUGUGGGUGUUUUGCUUGUUUCAGGCUGAUGUGAUGUGAUGGUGAGGGUGUUUUGCUUGUUUCAGACCAAGCUGAUGUGAUGGUGAGGGUGUUUUGCUUGUUUCAGACCAAGCUGAUGUGAUGGUGUGGGUGUUUUGCUUGUUUCAGGCUGAUGUGAUGUGAUGAAGUGGGUGUUUUGCUUGUUUCAGGCUGAUGUGAUGUGAUGAAGUGGGUGUUUUGCUCACGUCAGAGUUUUUCUGUGGUUGAUAUGGCCCAGGUGCCUGUGGUUGUUGAUCUUCAGCAGAAAGGGUUCUGUAAUGAUUGAACUGAUCUCAGGAGGUGGAAGGGCUUUUAAACAUCGACACAAGGGAGACGUGAGAGGAAUUUGCUUGAGGUGCAGAAGUUAAGGGCGUGAGCGGAAUGUCCGUGGAUGAGAAGCCUGAAGCCCCCAUGUACGUGUAUGAGUCGACGGUUCAUUGUACCAAUAUCCUCCUGUGCCUGAACGACCAGCGGAAGCAGGAUAUCCUGUGCGAUGUGACUGUCCUGGUGGAGGGCAAGGAGUUCCGCGGCCACCGGGCCGUGCUGGCCGCCUGCUCAGAAUACUUCUUGCAGGCUCUGGUGGGACAGGCCGAGAAUGACUUGGUCCUCAGCCUACCUGAGGAGGUCACUGCCAGGGGAUUCGCCCCAUUGUUGCAGUUUGCCUACACUGCUAAGCUGUUACUCAGCAGAGAAAACAUCCAGGAGGUCAUCCGCUGUGCCGAAUUCCUGCGCGUGCACAACCUGGAGGACUCGUGCUUUCGCUUCCUGGAGGCCCAGCUCCGCAGUGAGGAGGAUGGCCUGCUGCUGUGCCACAAGGUGGCGCCGGCCGAGGGCAACCACAAGACCGAGGACGAGAACAUGCAGUCUGAGACGACAACAAAGGCAGCCUCCCCCCGCGCACGCCGGCGCUCUGAAGCCCUUUCCUCCUUGCGGCGCGCCCCGGACAAGGACCGGCUACCCGUGGCGGUGCCCAGUGACUUCAGCAAUGUACGACUGGACUUCGACAGACACGGAGCAUCCGACCUCCCCCGCUGCCCCAAAUACAGGAAAUACCAGUGGGCCUGCAACAAGCACAAUAACGACACCUCCUCACACACCAGUACCUCAGGUUUACCAAGCACAUUAUUAUUAAAGGAGACCAGCGGUGGCAUCAGCGGCGGGGCGGUCCGGGGCCAGAGCAUGUCGCCGGUGGCAGACAUCAAAGUGGAGCCGCGGGCAGAGGAAGAGGCCAUCUCGUUGUGCCUGUCAGGGGACGAGCAGGGCGACCUGGACAAGGAGACAGGCAUGGAGAUGGACAGUGUCCCAGUGUUGUCCGCCUCCUCCGCCAAGAGAAGCAAGUCCCCCACCUGCCUCCGCGCCUUCUUCAAAAAAGGAGCAGACCUGCCGGGUCUGCCCAACGUGUCGCAGCAGCUAUUUGCCAACAGACUCACCAGCGUCUGUCCCGAAGACAAAGGAACCACUCUGGGAGAUCACAAAACAAAAGUCUUCAGGCCUCUUAUUGCUGGGGAGCUGGGCCUGUCUGUUACAUCCCUGAAGGAGGUAGACGGCUUCCCUCUGAGGCUCUCAUCGCGGAAGUCCACCUCCUGCGACGGCGUCUGCAAACAGGAAGUGGAGCUGGACCGCCGCAGUGUCAUCUUUUCCUCCUCAGGGGCCUGUGACCGUCUGGGCUCCCCGGCGCAUUCCUACCCCGGCGGGAGCUCUUUGGAGAUGGAGCUCUCGGAGCACACGCCAAUGGGCCUGUGGGCUGGUGCCAGCCAGUCCCUUCCCAGCUCCCAGACCUACUCCCCGAGCAGUGCCCCCUCCCUCGCCUCCGCCACCACCGAGCCCCCGCCGGUCCUCUGUCGACCGCUGCCAAACACCAGCUGCCCAGUGCCAAUCAAGGUGUGCUCGCGCUCGCCGCCCUCUGAGACCCGCACGCGGACCUCCAGCUCCUGCUCCUCCUACUCCUACGCGGAGGACGGGAGCGGCGGCUCACCCUGCAGCCUGCCCCAGUUUGAGUUCUCCUCCUCGCCGUGCUCCAACGUGGCGCUCCGCCUCGCCGCCGACCAGCAGGAACAGGGCGUGAUGGGGGGGGACACCCUCUUCAACCAGGUCCGCCCCAAGAUCAAGUGCGAGCAAUCGUACGGCACCAACUCCAGUGACGAGUCGGGAUCCUUCUCUGAGGGUGACAGCGAGUCGUGCCGAGUCGAUCAAGGGCGAGAGGUAAAACUUCCUUUCCCUGUUAAUCAAAUCACAAAUCUUCCACGGAACGACUUCCAAAUGAUGGUAAAAAUGCACAAACUGACCUCAGAGCAGCUGGAGUUCAUCCAUGACAUCAGGCGGCGGAGUAAGAACCGCAUCGCAGCGCAGCGCUGUCGCAAGAGGAAGCUUGACUGCAUCAUGAACCUGGAGUGCGAGAUCAGAAAACUGGUGAACGAGAAGGACAAGCUGCUGACAGAGAGGAACCAGCUGAAGGAGUGUAUGGGCGAGCUGUGGGAGAACUUCUCCUGUCUGUCCCAGGAGGUCUGCAGGGACAGACAGCUGAGUCCGGAGCAGGUCCAGUCCCUGAACCACCACUGCCCUGUCCUGAAGCCCGGCACCACCAACACCACCACCACUGCCAGCAACGCUGCCUCCAACAGCAUUGACCUCAUCACCCACUCCAGCUCAGCCACCCCGGAGCCCAGCUUCCUCAAGUCCUCCGGGCCCUCAGAGAGCGAGCCUGAUUGGGCCAUGGGAAACGGGGCUGAUGGGGGGCCAGGUAGCAAUGAGGCGGAGGGCCAGGAGCCAAGUUUAUACAUGGAGUCGGGGCUCUCGUUCAAUGAACAGUCCAAUCAGACGGUGACGGUAGACUUCUGCCAGGAAAUGACUGAUAAAUGUACAACUGAUGAACAGCCGAGAAGGGACUGUACUUAGUAAACUGUGGUUUUAAUAUAUGUUUUUUAUUAUUUAAUUUCUAGUUUGUAUUUUCUUCUGACAAACCCCUUCCUCUGGGUUGGUGAGAUGUUCAGCCUCUACCAGUGUUCUUUAAACAACAUGUUUUUUUGUUUGUUUUUAUUUAUGUCUUUUUGUUGUCUUUUUAUAGGUUGACACUACAGUUGUCUUAACAGCAAUACUGUUCUCCAGGUAUUCUCCUCUCUGUAACCAUGACAGAGUAGGGACUUCCCACACAAAACUCCACUCACAAUGGUGCUCCACCAUGCCCCGUCAGGAAGCAACCUCUACAGUGGACACACUGUUCUCUAUCUAUACAGUCUACUCACAGGGAUGGGCAAAGAUCACAUCUUCAAUACAAACCUCAAUGGACCUAACAGCAGCUCUCUUUGUCUCUCGAUCUACCUACAGUUUCUCUCUGUCUCUCUCUUUCUUUGUCUCUCUAUUUCUCUCGCUCUCCCUUUCUCUCUCGCUCACUCUCAACUACUCUGUCUAUUUUCCUAUCACUAUUUCUACAUCUAACACUUCCUCUCUAUUUCUCUAUCUCGCUAGCUUUCUAAUUCUCUCACUCUCUCUUGUGGCCCUUGUCACAGCAAUUCAAACUCAGGAAAAUAUCUUCUGAAUGUUCAACAUGAUUCAUGAAAAUAAGAAUACAGCUUCUGUACAUGAGAGGUUUCUGAAGCAGACUGUAAAUGUUCAUAUGCAAAAAUGUCUUCUGUACAACAAAACGAUGUGUACAGACAGUACCUUAACAUUCCUCCUUUGCCUUCCUCAGCACUGAAACGAAAGAGAAAAACAAAUGAUUUGGCAGGUGGUUCCCAAAUAGCUAUGUUCCCACACAUCAGCAAAAUCAUUGUAUUUGGAUGUUGUAAUAGUAACUUUCAAGUGCUUGCUUGGGCAGAACGUAAUAACGUAUAAUGUAUGGCGCAUGGUGACUGUCACAGUAAUAUUGUACAGGUAGUGGCUUAGACAUUUCUUUUUCACUGGGGUUAUAUCAAGUACCUUUUUGCUAAGGGAAAAUAUUUGCUUAGCUUUUUCCUGAUUAAGGGAAAAUUCCCCAUAAGGGUGGGUGUUCUUAAACUCAGGAAAUCAGCUUGACACACACACACACACACACACACACACACACACACACACACACACACACACACACACACACACACACACACACACACACACACACACACACACACACACACACACACACACACACACACACACACACACACACACACACGGAUGUUGCUGGCGAGGACAGUGUAAAGUAUGUCAUUCAUCUUUGGCUUGAGCAACAUCCAUUCAAACUUUGACACCUCUUUAAAUGUGAAAAAUACUUUAGGCUUGUUGUGUUUUUGAGGAAACUUUCUUUCUUUUUAUCAGUAUUUAAAGAUGCUUUAUGUAUGAUGGUGAACCCUCUCCCAGACACCCUUUGAAUAUCUUCAGUGUUAUGUUUCAAUGUUGUCGAGAAGUUUGACAGUAGGCACCUUUUCAAGCUGAGGGACAGAUAUUCUGUCUGUAACAAAAAAAACAUACACAAAAUAUUUAUAUUUGACUAAGGAUACUUUCUCCAAUGAAUCUGGGCUCAAGAUCAGGCACUUUCCUUCCAGCACCAGACACUCCAUUGUAACUAGAUCCUAUAGCACUUCAUAGAGGGUCUACGUCAGGUUCAAAACCCUGAAAACACUGAUACUAAAGCACUUGAAUUGGCACUUAAAUUAAAACAUCUAUUUGAUAUAAAUAUAUCUAUGAAGACAUUACAUUCAAAAACCUAAAGCAAUCAGAUUUAUUAUCAAAAAGGAAGCCAACAUAAUAUGUAGAGAGUUCACAUCUUAUAUUUGUAUUUCUUUAAGAAUUUAAUCAUUUAUUUGGGACUUGAGUACAUGUGAAAGCAUGAUAUAGUAACAUGUUUGCCCUGAUUGUACAUUUGUUGAAAACAUAAUAUUCUGUGAUGUGAAUGCAUGCUGCCUGUAUAUUUUACCUAGUUAUUUUGUCUAGCUUAUGGUUGCUUCUAACAAUAGUCCUCAGCUAAAUUAUUUAGUCCAUCUUUUGAUGAACAAACAAUAUUUAAGCAAUAAGGCACCUCGGGGCUUUGUGAUAUAUGGCCAAUAUUCCACAGCUAAGGGCUGUUCUAAGGGCUGUUCUUAGGCAACGAGGAGUGCCUGGAUACAGCCCUUAGCCGUGGUAUAUUGGCCAUAUACCACAAACCCCCGAGGUGCCUUAUUGCUAUUAUAAACUGGUUACCAACGUAAUUAGAGCAGUAAAAUGAAAUGUUUUGUCAUAGCCAUGGUAUACGGUCUGAUAUACCAUGGCUGUCAGCCAAUCAGCAUUUAGGGCUCAACCACCCAGUAUAUAAUUACAUUUAUAACAUAAAUAUACAGAAAUAAUACUCGUAUCUGUUUAACAGGGAUGCACUUGAAAAUACAAAAAAUGAGAAAUAGAGACAGAACCUGUCUUUACAGUGAGUGAAUUCAAUUGGAAUAAAAAGCUUUACUCAUAGCUUUAACUUCCUUCAGGAUGAAAAGCUAUACAGUGUCGGAAAGAGCGAUAUUAUAAACUGAGUGGUUUGAGCCCUGAAUGCUGAUUGGCUGACAGCCGUGGUAUAUCAGACCGUAUACCACGGGUAUGACAAACAUGUACUUUAACUGCUCUAAUUACGUUGGUAACCAGUUUAUAAUAGCAAUAAGGCAGCUUGGAGGUUUGUGGCAUAUGGCCAAUAUACCACGGCUAAGAGCUGUGUCCAGGCACUCGGCGUUGCGUCGUGUGUAAGCACAGCCCUUAGCCAUGCUAUAUCGGCCAUAUACCACCCCCGUGCCUUAUUGCUUAAAUAUACACUUUGAUGACUGUCUGCAAAUUCUUCUUGGCGUUACCCUGUUGCACCCUCUUGGACACAGCUGUGUAAUACUCUAGUCUUGACUGAUAUCGAAAGCUGUUGUGAUAUUAGAGUGCAGCUUUGUAGAGUAUGUCUGUGUUUCGCAGUGUGCUAGUCUGAUUAUUUGACCAUUUAGAUAAGUUUCCCUAAGAUUUUAGUUAGAUUCGUAUACAGUCAUACACAGACAACUAAAACAUGCACCCAAAUAUUAAUACACACACGAUGCAUGUCCAAUGACGUCUGUUCCCCGGGCACCGAUGACGUGGAUGUCGAUUAAGGCAGCCCCCCGCACCUCUCUGAUUCAGAGGGGUUGGGUUAAAUGCGGAAGACACAUUUCAGUUGAAGGCAUUCAGUUGUACAACUGACUAGGUAUCCCCCUUUCCUUAUUUAAGGAAGGAGUGUAGAGCAGUUGUAAUUGUUGUUUGUGAGGUUCUUCUUCCACUUCAAAUCAUAUGCAAUUCCUACCCUACCCAAUAAAUGUACCUUUUCUUUCUAGUUUUUGACGUAAAAGUGGAAAGCAUAAUAGUCCACCAGAAAAGCACACUCACAUUAGGCUACACUUUGACAAUGUGGAGGAAAAUGGGUUGAAAUUCAUAAAGUUUCUAUUGUCCUCGGCCCAUCAAAGCUAUACCAACGGAUAUCUUUCAAUAUCUGUUUUUAGAUGGCCUUAUACUGCUAUUAUGAUUAAUAUCGAUGUUAUUCUUUGGAUAGCAAUGAGUGCAUAGCCUAUUUCUGGUUUGUACUGUACGUACAAUAAUUCAUCAUUGUUUAUUCUCUACCUAGAGCCCAAAGAUUGAUAUACAGUAAAGGUUGGUGGAUGCAGAUAGAAGCCCACUGGGCACAGACAUUAUUUCAACGUCUAGUUUUGAUAUACAUUUGGUUGAGUUGUCGACUAAUGUAAAUGCAAUGUGAAAUCAACAAAAAAGUUUACAAACUUCUCUUAUGUUGAUGACUUUUUGCAAAUCCAAUCAGUUUUCCACGUUGAUUCACUGUCAUCACAUUGAAUUGUUUUGUUGAAAUGACGUGGAAAGAACAUUGAUGCAACCAGUUUUUGCCCAGUGGGAGGUGACACAAGGUAAUGAGGGGUUUUUAAUGUAGCUCCUUACGCCGGUCAAUUGCCAGUCCAGACCUCUUAGCCCUCUAGUCCUGAGAGAGCUACUCCAUGCUUGCUAUGCUGUAUGGGGUGUUACUAUGGUGACCAAUGGUUUAAAGUAGUACAUGGUCGGGUCAUCUUUACAGUUACCCCAAGCAUUACGGGUCAAAUAAGCUUGUUGUGUGUCAUCAUCUCAUUCACACAAAGAUUUGUCUGGUUGACCUAAACCAGGACUAGUCAUUGGUCUUGUAUAUCGUCUCAGGGUGCCAAGCAUUUUAUUUCUCCAUUUCUGAAUCUGUAGCAGACUUUUGUACUUUAGCUGGUUUCUGGCUUUGUUUGAGUGUCUGAAAGUUUAGCUCACUUCUAACCUCUGGUCUUAUACUCCUGAAGCUAAUUUCUACAAAUGCGUAAUAAUAAGCUUUGCACAAUAAAGAUCAAACUCAUUAAGAGCUGCAGAGAGAGUACUCAAUACAUUGGAGUAAACAUAAAUAUAUAUUUGAAUUUUGUUUUGGUAGUAAAUAUAAUAUUUUUGGGGAUUUCUCUCAAGUUCCUUACCUCUGCAGUUUUUUACAAGCCAAAACUGAAAACAGUCAUGUUAUUUGAUUUGUUAACUGGCUAUGGUAAUUAGUUGGUGGAUAUUUGUUGUAAAGCUAGGUGCAUUGAAUGCAUUAUCUUUUUGAAAGGCUUUUGUGCUGUAUUCAUUUCUCGUUUUGUUUCACUGUUUUGUUUGUUUUAGUUGUUUUUGUGUGCUGCUUCUCUGAAAGAAAAAACACUGUCUCUCCAACUCCAAAGGUUGUUCUUUUGAAAAGAUGAACAAAACUUGCCUUUUUCACAAAUUGCUCAACUUUAUAAUACAAUAUACUGAUAUCCUGAUUGAAUACACAGGCUGAGAUCAUUUUAGGAGUAAAAGAAAAGUUUGAUAUGUUUACAAAACGGUAUCACAUGUCAUGAUGUGUUUAUUACAUUUGCAAUGUAAAUAGAAAUUGCUAGGUUAAAAUUGGACUGAAGGUUAGUUUUCUGUAAACAAAAAACAAUGUGUUUUCUCAACUUGUCUGUUCAUUCAUCUGGGGAUGUUUCAGAGUUACAUGGAUACAAGUGCACCUCCAAUUUUUGCCUUAGAACUUGCAGAGGCCAUAGUUCACAUUCAAGUGAAGUGAGUGUAUGCAGGGGCCUACACCCCCCCCAUCCCUGAGUCACACCCAGUGCAGACCUUCUCACACUUAUCUACCUGUGAAAUCCUUCAUACCUCUCAUUACUGGUCAAUGACUGUAUCAGCAAACUUCAUCAGGUGUUUUUUCUACAUGCUUUUUACACAGAUUAUAUGGAUUAUUGUAUUCGUAGAUUUUGGUUCAUCAUUUUUAAUGUAAAAGCUCUUAAGCUUGUAGUCACAAAGUAAUUUUUCUCUCGUUUUUCUAGAACAGUUUUUUGUUAAUAUUGUCAAUUUGAAAUAGCUGUUAUUUGCUUAAUCUCUAUUAAGAGUUCUUACCUUUUCCAUUUUGAAAUGCUACACGACCCUAAUGAAUUAAAAUGACUUAACCAUUUUAAACACGGUAUUGUGCAAACCCCAUUUUCAUUAAUUUCAAUUGCUAAUGUUAUAUAAAUGACAUUUUUGUCUAGACACCAUUUCUGUUUAUGAAAUAAAGAAACAUAUCAUGUA